UAAAUUUUGAUUUAAUAUUUGUUUUUGAUUCUAUAAUUUCACGGAGGAUUUUUAUGAAGCACUAAGCGAUAUUUAGUCUUUUUGCUCCAUUUGCAAUUCUUGUCCGUUGCAUUUUGUAUGUCAAAUAACAUAGCUGAGGAAAUCAGGAACAUAUACAUAAAAUGAUUGGAUGAAACUGAAGAUCAACUAGCUUGAAUGAUGCCGAAGGAUGUAUAAUUAAUCUAGAUUUCAAUACCUUUUUUUUCCCCUCUUUUUCCCCUCUAGAACCAUUCUUUUUUUAUGUCAAUAUGUAGCAAUUUGUCUAUUUUGUCAUUUAUUUCGAGUAUUUUGGUCCAAUUUUACAGAAGCACCUUGUGCACAAGCACAAAAGCCCAAAGCUCAUUGCAUAAAAAAAAAUCAAUUCAGUAAUUGAAUUGAAUCUACACAACCUGCCCUACCUUGGCUGUAAGCAACAUGUGAAUUGCCACUUGCAAGGGAUGCAUAUUCUAACUUUCCGCAUAUAUACAUGAUUGACCAUCCAAGCUGACGACCUCGUGGUUGUUAGUUCUGAGUAACAACUGAAUUGGCCCAUUGUGCUGAAUUUUUUUAUUUGCUAGAAACUAUCAAUAAUUAUAGAAAGUUUCAGUGCUUAACCCACAUGAUGGAAUUGGAACAAUUGACAAUUUUGAUAAUGGGACAACAGCUUCUUGGAAGUGCCUUUUUGAAUGGGUGGACUUGUAUCUUUAAUUGUUAUGAGCGAGUAAUUGAUUUUCUGUGGGACAACUAAGGUACCUGAAUACUGAAAAUAUCACUUGUUAUUUGUGGGAAAGAAGGAGAGUCAGGCCUCCACUAUAAAAGUUGUCACCUUGCUGAGAAAGGUUACAAUAUGCACAUGUAAUUAUUAAUCACCGUAUAAUUAUUAAUCUCCAUAAGUUUCAACAAUAUUAUGUAUAAGUGAUUGCAUAACUACACUUCAUUUUCUUGGAUUUCUUCAUCUCUGUCUAACAUACCCGACAAUUUUAAUGCCCCACUUGUGUCCUUUGUCCUCCUUAGUGGCUCAGUGCCGUCUAGACCCUAAUUUAUGUGCUUUGUCUCCUCCCCAUAUAUUGGUUACAUCUCAUCUAAAUUGAUAUUAUUUUCUGGGCUUAAGUGUAUUGGUUCAUCACUUGUGCAUUAGGCUUGCUUGGAUUCUGGUUUCUUCUACGUUAUCAAUCAUGGAAUCAGUGAGGAAUUCAUGGAUGAGGCUUUUUCCCAAAGCAAAAGGUUCUUUGAUCUACCCAUAAAGGAAAAAAUGAAGCUUCUAAGGAACAAGAAGCAUCGAGGAUAUACCCCUGUUCUAGAUCAACAUUUGGAUCCUAUCAAUCAAGUUCAUGGAGAUUACAAGGAGGGAUAUUAUAUUGGUGUUGAAGUACCUGAUGAUGAUUCUGACACAGAGAAGCCAUUUUUCGGGCCAAAUGUUUGGCCUUCGACAAAUAUUUUGCCCGGAUGGAGGCAAACUAUGGAGAAAUACCAUCGAGAAGUACUUGAGGUGGCAAAAGCAAUUGCAAGACUCAUAGCCCUUGCACUUGACCUUGAGGGAAACUUUUUUGAUCAGCAAGAAAUUCUUGGCAAGCCCAUUGCUGUGUUGCGCCUGCUACAUUAUGAAGGUCUAAUAUCUGAUCCCACAAGGGAUUAUAUGGAGCCGGUGCCCAUUCUGAUUUUGGUUUGA